UACGAUAGACCAAGACCAGGCAUCACCACUCCAAUUCACAUAUUGCGUUUAUGCGUUGCAGAAGGCGGGCAAAACGUAGGCGAGAUCGCGUAACACCAAAACAACCACAGCUCGCACUCGCAAACUCGCUCAUGCAUCAAUCUCUCGGAGCUGAUAGAUGGCCUGAUACGGAUAUCUCCAUAUCGUAUCCGGAAGAGCUGACUGAACAAGCUCGUUCGCGAUUACUCUAAGUAGACGAUGUGAUUUAUUGAUUUUACCGGGUUGAUCCAGCUAGUCGACUCAAGGCGAAAGCAAGCCUCUCUGGCC